CAUCAGUCCUUAGGGGUAUGGGCUAAAUUUUCUCCCAUAGGCAAAAAUGUGGAUGAUUCACAUGGAGAAAAGCAGCUCAUAACAGUUAUCUAAUAAUAGUGACAUGGAGGAGGACUCCUCCGAGAGAGCUGUGCAGUUGGCAGGCAAGCUUAUGAGGACCACACCAAGAACAGCUCAGCAGGCUUGAAGGCCUGGAGUGCUUUUAGCACUGUCUGCAAUGGAAAGGAGGGGAUUGCUGUGGGAUGUCUCAUGGUUUCUUCAGCUGGUGGAAGUCUUCAGAGGAGAACAGAAGAUGGUCCCCACAUCGUAAGACCACUUUCAUCAUAUCGCCACUGCGAAUGCCACCUGUACUGUGUCAAGUACAAAAAAACCUCCAGACUUGGCCCAGUCCCAAGGUACAAGGCCGCUUGCGCCAGCAGCGUGCGUCAGCAAGAUAGCAGAAGCUGGAAGAGGACCCGCCGGAAGACACGUACCCGGGCCGGGAGACACCUACCCUGGCGGGGAGACACCUACCCCGAAGGAUGGAGAGAGGGAUUCAGGUACUACAUAGCAGUCCGGUCAGAAUGGGACACUUCCUGUUUACAGGACACUAUAAAACCCCUGCCCCAUCCUCAUUUGGUGCUGACGCCAUUUUAGGCCUCAGCCCGUCUGCACCCAGGUGCCCAAUAAAACAGCGUGUUGCUCCACA